AAAUUCAUUUGGAGAAAACCUAUUUCCAAAUGUGCCAUCUGCGCCUGGAAUGUCAUGUGUUGGAGAAGACCGAAGUAUUUAUAGACGAGGAGCAAGACGGUGGAGAAAAUUAUAUCGGAUUAAUGGACAUAUAUUCCAAGCAAAAAGAUUCAACAGGCGAGCCUUCUGUGCCUACUGUCAGGAUCGUAUUUGGGGUCUUGGACGUCAAGGAUUUAAAUGUAUUCAGUGUAAAUUGCUUGUACAUAAAAAGUGCCACAAAUUGGUACAAAAGCAUUGUACCAAUGAGCAUGUACCACCAAUUGAUAAAAAUGGUAGCGAAGAAUUGACAGAAAUUCAUCAAAUAACAUCGGAGAUUAGUAGUAAUCAGCAGCAAUCCCAACAUGAUUUAGUUAUAUGUCAGUCUGAUGAACAAACAAUUGUUGAAGGUGAAGGUGAAUCAAAUAUAGUUAAUCAAAGUAGUGGUGUUGGAAGUGGUAGCGGUCAAUUAGAACCUGGAACACAACGACAAUAUUCAAUUGAAGAUUUUGAAUUGAUUCGUGUAAUAGGUCGUGGUAGCUAUGCAAAAGUUUUAAUGGUAGAAUUGAAAAAGACCCGUCGUAUUUAUGCAAUGAAAGUUAUUAAAAAGGCCUUAGUUACCGAUGAUGAAGAUAUUGAUUGGGUUCAAACUGAGAAGCAUGUAUUCGAAACUGCAUCAAAUCAUCCAUUUUUAGUUGGUUUACAUUCAUGUUUUCAAACACCGUCACGUUUAUUUUUUGUAAUUGAAUUUGUACGAGGUGGUGAUUUAAUGUUUCAUAUGCAACGACAACGUCGAUUACCAGAAGAACAUGCUCGUUUUUAUGCAGCUGAAAUUAGUUUAGCAUUAAAUUUCUUGCAUGAAAAGGGCAUAAUUUAUAGGGAUUUGAAAUUGGAUAACGUUUUAUUAGAUCAUGAAGGUCAUAUUAAAUUAACUGAUUAUGGUAUGUGUAAAGAAGGUAUACGUCCAGGUGAUACGACAUCAACAUUCUGCGGCACACCAAAUUAUAUUGCGCCAGAAAUAUUACGCGGUGAAGAUUAUGGUUUCUCAGUUGACUGGUGGGCAUUAGGUGUACUAUUAUACGAAAUGUUAGCUGGCCGUAGCCCAUUUGACAUUGCUGGAGCAUCUGAGAAUCCUGAUCAGUGGAAAUAUCUGUAUCAAUUAUCCGAGAAUACUGAAGAUUAUUUGUUCCAAGUUAUAUUGGAGAAAACAAUUCGUAUACCACGUUCGUUAAGUGUUAAAGCCGCCUCAGUACUUAAAGGUUUCCUAAAUAAAAAUCCAGCUGAUCGCUUGGGUUGCCAUCGUGAAUCAGCAUUCAUGGAUAUUGUUAAUCAUCCAUUCUUUAAGAGUAUCGAUUGGGAGAUGCUAGAGCAAAAACAAGUUACACCACCAUUUAAACCAAGAUUAGAUUCUGACCGUGAUUUGGCUAAUUUCCCACCCGAAUUUACUGAAGAGGCUGUACAAUUAACGCCGGAUGAUGAUCGUGUUAUCGACAAGAUCGAUCAAUCGGAGUUUGAGGGAUUCGAAUAUGUGAAUCCAUUGUUAAUGUCAUUAGAGGAUUGCGUCUGACAUCACGCGUCUUGUGAACUGCAUCCUUAUAAUAUGCAGUAUUACGGAGAUGAUUCCAGCGACUAUGAUUCCGUUGCUGAAGAUCUCAAUGUUCUCCAGUUACCUCCUCCACCAUCCAAUAAAAGUCUACUUCAGCACAUGUUUUGCCUUCCAUUGAAUUAAGCGAAAAAAAAACAAACAAAAAAUCAUUAAAAAAAAUAAUAACUCUUAAAAUUACAAAAAAAAAAAUAAAAAAAUAACUAAUAUUUAAAUUUAAAUAGUUAAAUAAAUUAAUAAAUUAUUCAUUACAAAAAAAAAUGAAUUAAAUUAAUUGUAAUCUUUUGAGAAACAAGAACAAAAUAUUAUAAAACAAAAUUUUUAAAAUUAACUGUUUAAUUUUCAUUUUAUUCUAAUAAGUAAAUAUAAUUUCAAUUUUGUUUUUAUUUUUUUUUAUUUUAUUUGCAAAAUUUUAAUAAUUUUAAAAUAUUGUAUUAUUAACUAAGUCAACUUUUUUCACAAACUAUUUUAAAUUUCUUAAUUAUAAAAAUAUUUCUAAAUAAUUUUCAUUCUAUAUUCACAAAGCCAUUAUAUUAAUAAUCAAAUUAUUUAAAAGUUGCAAAAAAUAUUAAAUAUUUUUAAGACUUAAAAUUUUUAAAAUCUUAAAUAAAAAUUAGAGGUAUAUAAAAUACACAAUAUAAUUAUAAUGUUGUAAAAAGGUUUAAUGUUAAAAAUUUAUUUGUUGUCACUUUACUAUAGAAACUAAAAAUAUUAUUCGAUGAAGAUGAAAAAACCAAAUGUUUACAUUUAAAAAUAUGGUCUUUAAAAUUAUCUAAGUAAAACCUGAAUAUUACAAUUAUUGUUAUUAAAAUUAUAAAAAAAAUUAUUAAGACACUAAUGUCUAAUAUAUUAAAACUAAAGUUGGACUAAAAUCUGUUAAAAUUAUUCUGUAAUUAUUGAGGAAAGGUUAUGCUAAGAAAUUAUGUCUAAAUUAUAGAAAUAAAAACAUUAUUUGUACUUUUUAUACCUCUAAUAACUUUAUACAUAAUUGUAGAAAUUUACAAGUAUUUAUAUUUUUAAUUCAAUUUCGCAUGUUUACUGGAAUUAAGUUUUUGUAGCAUUUAAAAAAAUUAUAGUAAAUUGUUAAAAAAAAUAUUUUUGUUGAUUUUAAUUUUUUAAACUAGUAUUAAUUUACAAAUUAUUGAAAAAUGUGUACGUUUUAAAUCCCAGAAAAUGUUAAAUUUGUAUGUAUUAAUAAAAUUUGUUAUAAAGAAUUUUUUAUGUUUGUGUAUCAAAAAAUGUUAUUAAGACGAAAAAGAAGUGUUUCCGUUAAAUAUAACGGCACCCUAAGUCGUCAGACUCUUUUACAUAUAUAUUUUCAAAACGAAAACAACAAAAAAUUUUU